AUGGCCACAAUUACCCUCCUCCACCCCUAUUUGCUUAUGAUUCUCUUCUCAACCGCGGUUGCAACCAUCACGACACCACCACAAACCCGUCAAGCGACCACCAUCAAGCAGUUCUUGGACUCUCAUAAUGUAGUGAGAGCCAAACACAACCUCCCUCUUCUCGUGUGGAACACCAGAUUGGCUAACUUUGCAAAAUGGCAUGCCAACACGAGAAGGGGAGACUGUGCACUGGACCAUUCUGUGGGUGAUUUAGGUGAGAAUAUAUUUUGGGGUCAAGGGCGGCAAUGGAAGGUGGCGGAGGCGGUUGGUUCAUGGGCCUUUCAAGAAAAGUACUAUGAUUCCACACAUAAUGCGUGCUUGCCGAACACAGAUUGCUUGCAUUACACACAGAUGGUUUGGAAGAGUACCAAAUAUGUCGGGUGUGCCAAAACAAAGUGCAACAGUGGGGAUACUUAUGUAGUUUGCGAGUAUUAUCCUCAUGGUAAUGUUAUUGGGCAGAGACCAUAUUGA